CAACAUUGACAAACGAGUGCCGGUUGUGCGUUACAUUGUAAAAUCAACUCAGUGGCAAGCAAUGUACGAAAUGUAUGUUGGCAACUAGUCUGCAGGGGCUUAUGCUUUUCAUCAUGAACUACCAUAAAAUGCCAGUUACACAACUUAACCCAAGCUCAAUGCUGAUUUCAAUUCAGAUUCAUUUGAUACAUAGAUAACAUAAUGUUUACCAUCUGAGUGACAAGGAUACCUGCACCUUAGCCGGAGGGACGCAGUGUUACAUAGCAGGCAGCAGACACAUGCCUCGCGCAACAAUGCCAAUGACAGAAAUUGUCCAGUCUUGCUAUUGCGCCUUGUGUCCGUGCGACGAGAAUAGACAAACAGUAAUAUACCCGUCGCGCACACGGCUAGUCGUUACGCACGGAUAAGCAGUUAUGUUCUGGGAUGUUUUUAGUAGUUCUAAGUCAAACAUGGGGGUAGACUUGCGGCGAGGCUCUGAAAUGCAUCCUUCACCAGUCGAUUGUCUUUCGUCCCCGCAGCUGACAUUCCCUGUCCUGAACAGAAGUGUAGCCUAUGUAUAUGAGGGCCUGCUCUGGUGCUAAGGACACGAGGCAAAACGAUUUGGAUCAAAUAUCCCCACGUCGAGAGUCUGAAAGGUGGGGCCCCUGCCUGCUCGUGAAAGAGGGAGUCUGUAAACACCCUUGUGGAUGGUCCUCCUCCUGACUUAAGGCUUGUGAGACCUCAUUCUAUAUUUCUGUGAAGACUGCAUUGCAAGAACACAUCGCACGGGCCUGAGAUUUCAAUAUCGUGCAACAAUGGCACAACAAACGCCCGUUCGGCAACUUCGGAAACGUAUGCGGUGCGAGAGCACAUCAGCCUCGGUCCCCCAGUUCUGCAACUCGCCCACCAUGAUCGUGAUGGUGGGUCUGCCGGCCAGGGGGAAGACCUACAUCUCCAAGAAACUCACACGCUACCUCAACUGGAUCGGGGUGCCCACUAAGGUGUUCAAUGUGGGGCAGUAUCGAAGGGACGCAACGCGGAGCUACCAAAACUACGAGUUCUUCCGUCCAGAUAAUGACGAGGCCAUGAAGAUCCGCAAAGCUUGUGCACUUACUGCCUUGAAGGAUGUUUCUGCCUACUUCACACAAGAGCAGGGGCAGGUGGCGGUGUUUGAUGCCACCAACACCACUCGGGACAGGAGGGAGGUCAUUCUCAGCUUUGCCAAGGAGAAUGGCUACAAGGUGUUUUUCAUCGAGUCCAUUUGUGAUGACCCUGAAAUCAUUGAAGAAAACAUCAAGCAAGUGAAGCUGAGCAGCCCGGACUACAUCGACUGUGACAAGGAGGAGGCGGUGGAAGACUUCCUCAAGAGGAUCGAGUGCUACAAGGUCACCUACGUCCCCCUCGACGAUGUCAAAGACAGUCACCUAUCCUACAUAAAGAUCUUCAACGUGGGCUCUCGGUACCUGGUGAACCGCGUGCAGGACCACAUCCAGAGCCGCAUCGUCUACUACUUGAUGAACAUCCACGUGACGCCGCGCACCAUCUACCUGAGCCGGCACGGCGAGAGCGAACUCAACCUGGUGGGCAGGAUCGGCGGCGACUCGGGCCUGUCCCCGCGCGGCAGCACGUUUGCGUCCUCCCUCGGGAAGUACAUCAAGAGUCAGAGCAUCCCCAACCUGAAGGUGUGGACGAGCCACAUGAAAAGAACCAUCCAGACAGCAGAGUCCCUGGGCGUCCCCUACGAGCAGUGGAAGGCCCUCAACGAGAUAGACGCUGGUGUGUGUGAGGAGCUGACGUACGAGGAGAUCCAGGCCCAUCACCCCGAGGAGUUUGCCUUGCGCGACCAGGACAAGUACCGCUAUCGCUACCCCAAAGGAGAGUCGUAUGAGGACUUGGUGCAGCGCCUGGAGCCGGUGAUCAUGGAGCUGGAGAGACAGGAGAACGUGCUGGUCAUCUGCCAUCAGGCCGUCAUGAGAUGCCUCCUCGCAUACUUCCUCGACAAGAGCGCAGAGGAGUUGCCCUACCUGAAGUGUCCUCUCCACACAGUACUGAAGCUGACGCCCGUGGCCUAUGGCUGUAAAGUGGAGUCCGUGUUCCUGAACAUUGAGGCGGUGAAUACCCAUCGUGAUCGUCCGGCGGGUGAGGAGCCUCCCUGUGUCAUCCUGCCCCCCGCCCUCUACCGGCGCUCUCGGGCACAGCCCAUGGCCAGCCCCACCCCCACGCGUGCCCCGCGCCUUCAGGACCUGGGGGUCACCACUCUUAGUCUGGAGAACGUAGACAUCAACAGAGAGGAACAGGACGCCCUCACAACGGUCCCCGAGCACUUCUAGAGGGAGGCCAUCCAGAAACACUGAAGGGAUAGAGAGAGAGAGAUAAUCAGUCCUCGUGCACAAACUCUGACCUCAGAUGCUCCCCCACAUCAAGUAGGGAGCCCAAGCCACGCCUCUCCAUGGGACCCAAGGUGGAGAAAAGCAGCCAACGGGAGUCCAGAAAGGGUCUUUCCUUGGAAUCUCCCUCUCCUCCAUUGGUUUUUUUUUUUUGUGUGUGAUCUAAGGUAGAUCUUAGGUCCCGUGGAGAGGCGUGGCUGAGUCUCCCUAUGACUUUCACGUUUCCUCUUGUAUCACUACAUGGUGUCGUCCUGGUGUGUGUGACUCAGAGAGGCGCUCUGGGUUGUUGUUGUUGUUGUUUGAUGUCUAGAGCGGACGAAGGACUCAACAGAGAGCAUCUGCUCCUUUUAAAGUGAAGCAACUGCCCUAAUCUGCAUUAAGGCUACUUCCUCCAAGAAGGGACAAGAACUCUGCCUCCAAUGAAAAAAUACAUGAAAUGAAGCGAUGAAUAUUUUAAUUUAUGUGUAGAAUUCAAUUGUGAGGAACUUGUGAGGACCUCAGCUAUGGGUCAUGUGAUGUUGGGACUGUGAUGUUGGACUGAUAUCCACUACUACACUGUUACCCACAAUGCUUUGCAGCUGGAGAAUUCCGCUGCCUUCUUCUUUGAAUAAGCUUUGACCUGGGAACUUCGACAUGUGCUCCCACCAAUGUGCCUCAUCCAUGGCUGUGUAGACAUCUUGCCCCAGACAAACCAUGUGCCGUCAACAGGAAAAAGGUUUUAACACUCUCUCACACGCACCCCACCCCCACGCAUGCACAUCAUUGUGAAUAGGAACAAAGGGACUUAACCACUUCAGUGCACUUAAGGUACAAAUUGUCAAAGCCAUAAGCAUAAAUCCUUUAUACCGGUGGUUAUUUUGAAAGGAAAUAGCAUAGGUUGAAUUAUUUUCUGUUACAGCUACUGCAAUCUCUUUCUACAGGCAGUGUGUAUGUGGAUGCCACAGUAUACAGAAAUAUCAACAGCCUAGGCCUGGCCUAAUGGACUUGACUUUAUUCUGGAUCUGUGGCAUGUUAAGUGGGAUAGUUCCUUUGUUACCGCUCACAUCCAGACUGUUUCUAAACCUGCCAAUGUUCGUUUAAAACCAAAGUUAGAGGAGGGUUAUUGGAUAGAUUGAACAGAUAACUGAGGUUCAGCCUUUGACAUCUUCUAUUUUGUUGUUCUCAUCAUGGAUUGCAACAAAGUUCAGUAGUCUGGCAUGUCUCAAGACUCAAGCAUAGAGAUGGCCCCGUCAGUCAUGGAUGAAGGUUAACUUUCCACGUUGAAGGCAAAUUCGCACAAAUGUGUAUAGUCACACACUCACACACAUUUGAAAGUAUGCAACAUAAAUGUGAACCGAUGUCUGCACUUUUCCUGUACAUAUUUAUUGUCAACAUAUCACCUCUCUGAGGCAGAGGGGUAAUAUAACAAAGAUGGAUAUAGUGUAAAACUGACCUAAUUAACCCAUAUGUGGUUGUAAAGCUGAUACAAAAGACGAGCCAACAAUCUCUUAAUUG